CCCCUUUUUUCAAAACAGGGUUGGAGACUCGAUGACAAGAUGAAAAGUAUCUUCUCUCUCCUGGCGCGGCAACAGCUCAAGACGUUCAAAGUCAACUACGCACCAGAAUACAAAACUUUCAUCAUCCACCAUGUCUGCACCGACCAGUCGCACCCCCUCAACGAAGCGCAGAGGCGGAGACAGCGAGAGUGGAAGAAAGAGGGUCUGUGGUGGCAUGCAACAACAGGCGUCGACUUAUCCAAAUCAAGCUGCGUGAGAGCGUGGGCUAGGAGACGACUGCGCAACGCAGUUACAGAAGAACUGAAGGCGCGAGGGUACGACGAGAAGGGGAAGCCGCUCGAUGGGGCCUCUGUAAAGGGGAAAUCAGAUCUGACGGGGAGUCUGAGGUUGCAUGCUCAGCUUCCACUGCUGCCCGCGACAUAUGUAGAUGUGAAAGAGGAGGUGGGCAAGGUCUUGGACAUGCUGCUAGAGGGAGCCAAAGAAGAGACUAGGAAACCGACGCCUGGUAAAAAGAAUAAUGAUGGUCAUCCACACCGGAAGUCAUCUGGCACGCCUCCUCAAUUUCGCAUUAGGAGGACAAAUUCGGACAAUAUACACUCUUGAUGUUGUGGGCUCGCAGUCAUUCUCUACUUAUUUGUUUUUGUUUGACUCAAAGCACUUGUAGACAUGAAAAGGGUGUUGCAAUAUACGUCCGCAGUCAUAGAAUGCACUUAUCAUUAAGAAGCAAUCGUCUAUCCUCUUGAUGUUAGUUUCGCUUUUCCUCUUGUCACUUCCCAUCUGCUACCAUAGCAUACACUCUGUAUUUUUUCGUUUGUAUU